AUGGGUCUCAAACGCCUCGUGGCAAAGUUGAAUCGACCGAAACAAGCACUAAAAGACCCCACCAGCAGCAACAGUUCGAGCCCGGCUCCGUCUUCAGGACCUGCCACUGACAAUGGCACGGCGGUCUCUAGUGCAGCUGUACCCUCCGACAUAGACAAUGAUCCUGGACCGCUCCAAGCUUCCGCAGCCGAUGAGCGCAAUCUAUGGCUCGAGGCCUUUGGCAAGCUGUCACGAAAAUCACAACUAGAGCUCGAGAGGCGAGGAAUGAAAAGCUCAGAGCCGCUAAUAGAUCAGAUUGAAGCAUUUCAAAAGGAGGCUGAAAGAGUUCGGGAUCAAAGCCUUGCCAGAGACUGGAAGAUUCAAAUCGGAGAUCAUGAGGUGUCAAUCCGGCAAACAACUAUUCAGGUUGUUCACUGGGCAACGAAGAUUGGAGAUCUGGCUAUUCAAUUUUCGCCGUCCACUGGGGCUGGAGUAUGGGCAGUUGCGAGAUCAAUCUUGCAGGAAGUUGACACAUUUGACAAAGAAAAAAUCGCACUCAUUUCUGUUGUCGAUAAAGCGGCCGGUGCCCUCUUUUGCGGCCAAGUCUACUACGAAAUAUAUACUCUCGACCGCACCGGAAGAACUGAUGUAGUGGAGAAGCUUCACGAUAAAAUGGUGAAACUGUAUGCAUGCGUACUAGAGCUUCUAGCCAAAUCGACCAAUCUAUCUUCCAACACUGCGGUGCAAUUUUACUGUGCUGUUUUCGACCCCAAGAAGCCAUCCGAGAUGCUAUCUGAAUUGCAAAGCCUGGAACAGGACCUUGCGACAGCUGCCCAAAAGUGUGAGAUCACAGCUCAUGCUCGUCAGGAAGCCGAAUUUAAGGAGUAUCUACAAGAAGCCGAAGACUGUCUCCACAUAAUCAGUCGUAAUCUGGAACAGGUGCUCCAUGUCUUGUGGCUUCAAGGAUCCCCUGCAGCUGGCACUGGGAAGACCUUUUUGACUUCAGCGGUAGUCACGCAUAUUGGGACCAUGACGGGCUCUCAAAUGGAAGGGUUUGCCUUUUUCUUCUGCAAUCGGGACGAGAAGGAUCGACGCGAGGCGCUGCCAGUGCUUCGAUGCUUAGUUCGCCAGCUUGCCGCACCAAAACUCAACACACGCUCCGUUAGAAAAAGCCUUCAAGAAGCACGAGAAAAGGCCACGGAUAGGGCUUCGCAGCUCGGACUGUCAGAGUGCCACGAUCAGCUUCUCGAGUCCUUCAUGCUGUUUUCAACAACAUUCAUCGUUCUGGACGCGAUGGAUGAAGUCCUGGAUGAAGAGCUUGAGAUUUUGAUAGGGAGGCUUGAUGAGCUUUUUCGCAAGACUGAAGCUGGAAAUAGAGUGAAGCUUUUCGUUGCCAGCCAGCCGGAAAAAGAGAUUACUCGAAUGUACGGCUCGAGACCAACAGUGAUCAUCCAAGCUGGUGACAACAAGCCCGAUAUUGAGAGAUUUGUAAAGCUUGAAAUGGACACUUUUGAGAAGAGAUAUCCUAAAUCGGAUGUCACCCCCAAGAAAGAUGAGAGUAUAACUACCAUUCUUGACAAAUGCGACAACAUAGGAUUGAAUGCGACAUACGAUCAAAUUUACUUCAAAAUCCAAGAUCGUCUACGCCCCGAGAAAGAGCUGGCCGAAAGAACCAUCAAAUGGGUGAUGUGUGCCCCAUUGCCACUCUCUAGCGAGGUGCUUCUCGGGGCCGCCAGGGUCAGCCUUGAAAAAGAUCAAAUCAAAAUUGUGAACCGUGUCCAGCAAGAAUCGCUGCUAUCAAUUUGCGAAAAUCUGCUGAUGAUUGAUUCAGCGGGUUAUUGGAGGUUCUUCCAUCUCUCCGCCCGAGAGUAUUUCGAGGCUACUCAGGACCCUAGUCAAAAUAAGUUUUCCUUCUGUGCACAAGUGUGCUUUCAAUCUCUUAUCACAAUGUUCACCCCGACCAUAUCUAUAUCUGCCUCGACGGAUCCAGAUAUCGCUUCGACUCCAUCCCAUCCAGCCCAUCCUUUCUCUCAACACGUUCGGUCCUUCUGGCCAUUCUACGCUGCUCAACUGACCGAGAAUGACAAGUCAAUCAUCUGGCUCAAGCGUUUCCUGGGAUCGCUUGAGAGAAGCAGCCCUUUCUUUAUUCAAUGGGGUGCCCAAGUCUCCGAUGGGGAGUUUGAUUUCUCUGACCUAUUUCAAGGGCAAAGACGCAAUUUGGGCCCAUUCAAGACGCCGAUAUUUGCUAUCGCUUGGUUCUCACUAUACAAGGUUUUGCAAGGGUGGUUUGAUAACACGAAAUUCGACCCCUUUCAGAAAAAUGAGAAAGGAGACAGCCUGCUUACCAUAGCCGCCCAGGCUGGCUGCGUGCCUUUAUGCGCAGACCUUAUCUCACGAGGAGUUUCUGUCAACCAGGACUGUGUCAGUGACAUUUAUGGCAGUUGUCUUGCCGCCGCUGCCUGGUGUAGGGAAUUUGAAACGACCAAAUUCCUCAUAGAGGAAGGCAAGGCUGAUGUGGAUCUUCCCCUUUCAUGUGGGAUGUAUGGUAAUGCGCUUACUGCUGCUGCGUCUCGCGGUGAUCUUGCUAUAGUGAGAUACCUCGUGGAGGAUGCUAAAGCUGAGGUGAAUGCCCGAAUGGAGACAGGUUAUUUUGGCAGUCCGCUUGCCGCUGCCGCUGCCGCUGCCGAUCCGUCUUAUAACGGGCUCAAAGUCGUGCGAUACCUCGUUGAGAAUGCCCAAGCAGAAGUGAACGUCCAACUCCAAGCUGGGGCUUUCGGAAGUCCACUUGCUGCUGCCACGGCAUCUUUGACUGGACUAGAAACCGUGAAAUAUCUAGUCGAAGAAGCUCAAGCAGACGUGAAUCUUCUACUCGAGAGCGGAAAUUACGGCAGCGCGCUCGCUUCCGCUGUCGGUAGUAGCUACGGAUUAGAAAUUACGCGAUACCUCAUAGAGGAGGCCCAUGCAGACGUUGAUCUACAACUCAAGGCAGGCUUUUAUGGCAGUGCACUUGCUGUUGCUACCUCCAUGGGAAACAUAGAGGUCGUGCGAUACCUCGUGGAAGAAGCCUGUGGGGAAGUUAAUCUUCUACUUGAGACAGGGAUUCAUGGCAGUGCGCUUGCUGCUGCCGCCCGUUCCGGAGACCUGGAUACCGUGCAAUACCUCGUGGAAGAAGCCUGUGCGGAAGUUAAUCUUCUACUUGAGGCAGGGAUUCAUGGCAGUGCGCUUGCUGCUGCCGCCGGUUCCGGACACCUGGAUACCGUGCAAUACCUCGUGGAAGAAGCCAAUGCCGACGUGAACCAGGUUCUACCCAAAGAAGGGCAUUGUGGUAGUGCGCUUGCUGCUGCCGCCUACAUGGGAUACCUAGAUACAGUGAGAUACUUCGUAGAGGAAGCUCAUGUGGAUGUGAACAUCCCACUUGAUGGAGGAGAUUUUAGCAGUGCUCUUGCGGCCGCUGCCGCUAGCUCCAACGGAGAAAGGUUGAAAACAGUGAGAUAUCUCGUGGAAGAAGCUGGGGCAAACGUGAAUAUCUUUCCAAUCACCGAAGGAGAGUAUGGUACUCCUCUCGUCCACGCUGUCGAUGCGGGACACAUGGACAUAGUUCAGUACCUCGUGGAAGAGGGGAAAGCAGAUGUCAACCUACAAUGUAGAAUUUGGCAGUAUAGCACAGCACUCGAGGUCGCGUUGUCUUUCGAUAAUCAGGACAUGGCUGAAUAUCUGGUUAGCCGGGGGGCAGUCACGAGUUGA